AAAUGAGAAUUUCAUCUUAAAUAUAUUAUGUUUGUGAUUUGUGCUUUUGUAAUUCUUAGUAAUAAUUGUUAUAAAUUGUGGCAUUGCACUGUUUUGUAAUAAUUAAUCCUUGUUAUGUAAUGUGACACUUCAACCUCAGGAAGAUUAGUUACGGCAAAGACUUUCCUGUUUUUUCUGCUUGACACUGAUGUGUUAAUUCAUGCUAAGGAAGGAAUAUAUUUCCCACAGAGAUAAUCACAUGCUCUUAAUGUUUUUUAAUACCCUCCUCAAUGAAAGACUUGAGGAAUGGCGCCACCUUUUGGUAUGAUGAGUGCCAAAGAGACAUUUUAUGGGUGACAGAAUAUUCAAAGCAUGUCUGUCUGUGUUGUUUUGUAUCAUCUGGUGAAAGAAUGAGAAUGUUGAAUAAACUGUGUAGUUCUUACAGCACCGACGGCAGGAUGAGGACACUUCUAGUACAGAUUCUGUGCAUUAUUGACGUCCUGGUCUGUGCUGCUGAGACGAUUCCACUGACUGAGGACAGGCUGAAAAAGCUGUCUGAAACAGGAGAGAAGUAUGUCGAUGAGGAGAUCAAAAGAGCUUUACUCGGAGUAAAGCAGGUGAAAGAAGUGAUGGAGAAAAAAGAAGAGAGGCACAGGCAUCUCAUGGAUGCCCUGAAACACAGCAGCGACAAAAAAGAGGGGGCAUUGAAGCUGGUCAUGGAAACAGAGCAGAAAUUUGAGGAGGCUGAACUGCAGUGUCAAGAUUUAACCAAACCCCACUUUGAAGAAUGUCGACCUUGUCUUGAAGACACCUGUAAGGCUUUCUAUACGUCCACAUGCCGCCGCGGCUUCGCUUCUUUCUCAUUCAAGGUGGAGGAGUUUUUCAGGAAAAUGGCUGCCCAGUUGGAAGGUACAGAGCAGGUCUACAAUCAAAAUGAAGACCCUGAUCAAACCGUAUCAACCCCGAACCACAUCCCAGAGGGAAAACCUGAUCUGGAGUUGGAGGCAGACGCUUUGUUCCGGCAGCUUCUGUCCAACGUCAGCCUUUGGUACAAUCAGAGCUUUGGUCUGGUUAAGAAGAUGCAGCAGGUACUGGGACACUCCUUCUUAGAAGCCUUCACCAUAGACCUGCCCCCGAGGCCACUGCCAGCCACGCAGAGCUACUCCAGUCCAAGUUUCUUCAGGACUGUGAGUCUGGACCACAUCCUCGAUUCAGUGUAUGAUUUUGGGAGAAAUGUCCUGGAGGAGUUCAGCUCCACAGUAGCUGAAGUGUUUGAGGAGAUACAGGAAGCUGAGGAGUUCCAGCCACUGAUCAGAGGAUCCGCUUCUUCUUUGGGACGGUCUCAGAACAGAUAUCUGUGCAGAAGACUUCGCAGACAAGUGUCAGACUGUUGGCAGCUUCAAAACUUGUGCAAGGAUUGUGAGGAUUAUCUGUUAAAAGAGUGUCCCAGAGUCCAGCAGCUGCACUCUGAGAGGGAGGAGAUGUACAUGCUGCUGAACGCCUCCCGUCAGCAGCAUGACGACCGGCUACAGUUGGUCCAGAAACACACGGCGGACACGCAGAGGUGGCUCAGUAACAUGUAUGGGAAAUACGGAUGGGUCAGCCGGCUGUCUAACAACACAGUGGACACACACGCAGUCUUCAGCGUAAUCACUGUAUGGGUGGUUCCACAGCAGCAGCUCAAGAACAACAAACCUAGAAGUGGAAGCAGUGUGGUUGUAACUGUACUGGACUCUUCCCCGUUUACUGUGACCGUUCCAGCAGAGCUCAGUGAGGAUGACCCGGCUUUCAUCCAGUAUGUGGCCCAGGAGGCACUGACGCACCAUAAGGGACUGAUGCAAGGAAUGAAGUAAUGUGAAUCUCAGCAUGGACACACCACUGAAUACUUCCUGGAGUAUUCUGAAAUAAUUAUUAAACUUUCUAUCUAUGUAAAACUUGAAAAAGCUACGCAUAGACCUUCACAUCCUCUCAUGCUCAUAUUUUUUUGAUGUGUAAAAUAAAAUUGUGUAAACUCA